AUGGAGGAUCCCCGAAUAUGCCCCGUGAAAAGCUUUUACCAGCGAAUCCUUCUCCCUGUGGCCUACAGUAUGGUUUUCUUUUUGGGGUUUGGUUUGAAUGUGAGGCUGCUGUGGUGCGUAUUUUUGCAGAAUCGUCGCAGAAGCAAUAUGAUUAUUUACUUAAGUAAUCUGGCCGUUGCUGACUUAUUGUACGUGCUAUCCUUACCCCCACUCAUCAGUAACUCCAUGGGGGACCUAUGGCCAUUUGGAGACAUCUCAUGUAAGGCAACGCGCUUUUUAUUUUUCGUCAACCUGCACAGCAGCAUGCUGUUCCUGGCCUGCGUCAGCGCGCACCGCUUUAUUGGAGUCUGCUAUCCGCUGAAAGCUGUCCGCACCAAGACCAGAAAGUUUGCCUUUUUUGCGUCAGCCUCUCUCUGGGUUUUGGCGAUUGUGGAGAUUUUACCCACUUUUUACUUUUCUCACACUGGCAGCAUUAAUAACAUAACUGUGUGCUUUGAGAUGGUGAGCCCGGGACAAUUUCAAAUGUAUUUUCCUUAUGGGCUUUUUCUGGUCAUAGUGGCCUUUCUAAUUCCAUUUAUGGUUGUUGUUGUCUGCUACUGCUCUGUGUUAAGAGUUCUUUACAAAGGAGCAACUCAACACCUAAAUGGUAUCUCCAAGACCGUAGACAGGGAUUGGCGCAACAAGUCUUUGCGCACAUUGCUUCUUGUGUGUCUCCUUUUUUUGAUUUGCUUCCUUCCUUAUCACGUUGCUCGAACGAUCUACAUGUUUGUGAGGGUCUUCCAACCUGGAAACUGUCAGCUUCUCAACACUGUCAUGAUCUCCUAUAAGGUAUGGAAGCCCGUGGUCAGUCUGAACUGCUGCAUAAACCCUCUGCUCUACUUCUGGAGCUCUGGAUGCAAUCGAAAAUGCCUGAGGGCCUGCCUGUGGAGGGACGGAAGAGUGCAACCUGGCGUGUGCGUGCUGGACACUGGUAUCAGAUCUUAG